AUGAGUGGAUACGAUAGUGCAUUAUCAAUCUUUAGCCCGGACGGUCAUGUGUUUCAGGUAGAGUACGCUCUCGAGGCAGUGAAGAGAGGAACGUGUGCCGUUGGUGUUAAAGGUAAAGAGAUAGUUGUUCUUGCCUGCGAAAGACGAACCACGCUAAAGCUUCAAGAUCCACGUAUUACUCCGUCUAAGAUAAACCGAAUUGAUAAGCACGUGCAAUUGGCAUUUGCUGGAUUGAAUGCGGAUGCUCGAAUUCUAAUUGAUAAGGCCAGAAUUGAAGCUCAGUCGUAUAAACUUACGUUAGAAGACCCUGUGACAGUUGAAUAUCUAACCCGGUACGUUGCGGGAGUUCAACAGAGAUAUACACAGAGUGGAGGUACUCGUCCGUUUGGAAUUUCGACAUUAAUUGCUGGUUUUGAUGCCAGAGAUACAGUUCCAAAGUUGUAUCAGACGGAACCAUCUGGAAUAUAUUCGGCGUGGAAGGCCAAUGCCAUUGGUAGAAGCAGUAAAACUGUUAGAGAGUUUUUAGAAAAGAAUUUUGAUAGAGAAAAUGAGCUUUCAGACGACGAAACCAUCAAAUUAGCCAUAAAAGCUCUACUAGAAGUGGUUCAAACGGGCGCCAAGAACAUUGAAAUAUCAAUAAUGAAGCCUCGUGAGAUGAGAUUUAUGACUAGCGAUGAAAUCGAGAAAAUCGUUAAAGAGAUCGAGGAUGAAAAGGCUGUUGAAGCAGAGAAAAAGAAGCCUAAAAGGAGGGAUUAA